CCCCCAACACGGCUCCAGUUUCCGGGGGGGGUUGGCACCCCGGAUUACAUCCUCCCCCCGCACCAAGCCGAGGGCAACAUUGGAGCCCCCCUGGAAGGCUGCAGGAUUCAGAGUCUCCGCCGGUGCGGCCUCGCUGCUGAGAACAACAACACGCCUGGCGUCCUGCGGCCACACCCCUGGCGGGCGGAGGCUGGCUACGCCCACGCGACCCCUCCCGUCCCCUGCCGCUCCGGCCCCUGGAGGAGGUACAUCGGCAUCCCUUGCCCGAGCUUGGCAGUCUCCAUUUGCAUGGUGCCUGGAAGACUCUUGGAAAGGGAGGCAGAGAGGGUGCUGGAGACCGGAGAGAUGGCUUCUGCACCCCUUACAACCUCGCUCUUUCCUUUGGAUCACCAAACUACACCACGGCCAAUUGGCGCAGAGACGUGGCGGGUUGCCGCUUCCCUAUGGGUCUAUGCGGCACUCUUCUGCCUGGUGACUGACGCCUUGGAAUUGGAGUUUAUGACGUCAUCGCUCUGGCCGACCAAUAGGAAAGGCUCCCGCGAAGAGAUGUCCCUCCCCCUUCGACUCUGCUUCCUCACGCGCGUGAACGAGCGAGCGCGCGCUGAGGGGGUGGGCGAAAUCUCGAGCAGGGUGGCGCGCAUGAGCAGCGAAGCUCCGCCCUCCUGCCUAUAUAUAAAGGGCUGGCGCGGGGCUCGGCGGGGCCCAUUCGGGCCGGGCGGGUUUUGCAGCCUCUAG